AUGGGCAACAACCAAGAGUCGACCGUCUUCUCAGGCGAUGUGGAAAUCCCCAAGGAUGGCACUAUUUCACCUUCGACGGAACUUGAAGAGGUGCAAAUCUCUUCAGUUGGUGAAAUCCUCCAGUCCAAAGGAGUAACCCGCAUGGAGGCUGUCUACCGUGAGGCCAAGCAAAACCGCAUUUCUUUCUAUCUUGUCGGAAUAUCAGUCUUGAUUUGCGCAUGGGCAUACUCCCUCGACGGCUCAACGACCUCCUACUACAGCGUCGACGCCUCGUCCUACUUCCAGCAGCACUCCUCCGUCUUGUCGACACUUUCGAUUGCAACCAACACCAUCUCCGCCGUUUCCAAACCGUUCAUCGCCAAGUUCUCUGAUAUUACUUCUCGCCCGUACACUUAUAUCCUGACGCUGCUCUUUUAUGUCAUCGGAUACAUCAUUGCGGCCUCCAGUACCUCCAUUUCCGCGUAUGUUGUGGGAGAAGUUUUCGUCGCCAUCGGCUCUUCCGGCUUGGACCUCACAAACGACAUUAUUGUUGCCGACUUGACGCCCCUUGAAUGGCGCGGAUUCGUCAGCUCAAUGCUCUCCACGCCUUUCAUCAUCAACACCUGGUUCGCUGGCAAAAUCGUCGAUGCCAUGCAGGCUAAGAACCAGUGGCGUUGGGGCUACGGCAUGUUCGCCAUCAUUAUGCCUGCGGCGCUUGGUCCAGCUAUCGGAACAUUGCUCUAUCUCGACAAGAAGGCCAAGAAGGAUGGUAUUGUCAACAUUGCCUCUUCCAAUGCGGCUCGUCGGGCUGCGCGAGAGUUGGCUGGCGAGAAGGGAUAUGACGGCCCCCACGGAGCAAUCGUUGCCCCUGCCGCCGACCCCAAGUCUUCCUGGAUGGAGAGCCUUAAGCGCAACCUCGUUGAGAUUGAUGCUCUUGGUCUGAUUUUGCUGGGUUUUGGAUGGAGCUUGUUGCUCUUGCCGUUCAGUCUCAAGACCUAUGCCGACCACGGCUUCCGCAACCGUUCUCUCAUUGCGAUGAUGGUUGUUGGCGGUGUUUUGCUCAUUGCCUACGUUGUGUAUGAGAUUAAGUGGGCCAAGGUGCCUAGCGCACCGCGUCGUCUGGUUAUGAACAAGACGUUCCUCAUGGCUAUCAUCAUUGACGCCUUCUACAUGCUUGCGGGUAACAUUCGCGGAUUGUAUUGGUCGUCCUACAUUUACAUUGCGAAGCCUUGGUCUGCUCAAGACUGGGUUUACUACAACAACACUCUGACACUGUCCCUUUGUGUCUUUGGACUGGUUGCGGGAUUGAUCCAGAGAUGGACUCACAGAUACAAGCUGCUCCAAAUUAUCGGUCUUUGCAUCAAGAUCAUUGGCAUGGGCAUCAUGCUUGAUGGCCCUCGUGCUACCAUUUCAACAGCGCCGAUGGUCAUGUCCCUUGUUCUGAUUGGCUGUGGUGGUGCCUUUUCAGUUGUCGGCUCUCGUGUCGCUUCUGAGGCGUCUGUUCCUCACCAAGAUGUUGCUUUGGCUAUCGCCCUUCUGUCGCUGUGGUCCAAGAUUGGCAGCUCUAUCGGCAGUGCUAUUGUUGCGGUCAUUUGGGCCGAGAAAAUGCCCAAGCUGCUGCGCCAAUACUUGCCCGCUACGGCUACGGAUAAAGAUGUCAAGAGCCUCUUCAACAGCGUGAGGGCAAUCCGUACCAAGUACGAAUUCGAUGACCCGAUGAGACAAGGCGCCAUCGAGGCUUACCGACGUACUUUGUAUUACUGCCUUGCGCCAGCUCUGGCCCUGGCCUUUAUCCCCCUCAUCGCGUCUCUUUUCCAGACCAAUUUCUAUCUCGGAAAGCAGCAGAACGCCGUUACCAAUGUCGGAAACGAUGGACAGAUUUUGAAGGAGGAGGACCGCAACCCCGAGCCACUACCACCAGCGAAGACCAAGAAGGAAGCCUUCCUGAGGUUCUGGGCGGGUCAUUAA